AUUUAGUGUCAUGAAGUUGUCUGAAUCAAGCGAAAGGCACCCACAACAACAAAGACAGUUGAACUUUACAGGUACCUGAGCCAUACGUUGGAUUCAUAGAUCUGUGUCCUAUCUUCCUAUUGUUUUGUGUUUUGGUGUCUUGCUUGAACUCAAUUAUUCGAAAAGUCUUUGUCAACAGUUCAAGAUCAACGUGCACCCCAUUUCAAGUCUUCAUUUUCUCUUUGAUUUUUCUAUUUGCUUUAGUUUGACCAUUUUGUUGUUUGCACUUUAGUUCUUCCUUUUUCAACUCAUCGAUCCAUACAAAUUGGAGACAGAGUGUCACCGGAUAAAAAAACAAGAUACCCUUUUGUUUAUUUACUUUGGAGAAUGUUAAAAGGUGAUUCAUUUGUUUAUAUAAUGAUAAUUUUGAAAUGAGUGGUAGUUAAAAAGACUUGGCUAGAAGUUCUAUCCAGGAAAAUUUUCAUGUGGGGUUUUCUGGUUUAGAAGAGUUCAUCUUCUUGCUGAGAAGUUAAGAGGACCCUAGAAGCAUUAAUAGAAAGGAGUUUCAUUCAGCUUCAUACAUGCCGUCCAACAAACUUCUCACCAAUGCGUGAGGACCACGCGCCAAUUUCCUGCCAUCUGUUUGUCGUGUUAUUGAUAAAGUUUGGUUUGUCUUGAACCUUCCUAGUUCUAUUGAGAUCUUUUCCUGCUUGCGAGUCUCUCAGUCGAGUUUGGUUUCGCCACCAUUUGCAUCUUCAUCAGUACAUCAUAUGUUUUCAUGUUCUUACUUCCUAAAAAAGGGCAAGAAAUUCAUCUUUUUUACUUUAUCAAUCCCUCCUUCCUCAGCCUUCUAUAACAAAUUAAACAAAACUCUAGAGGAGCUGAUCAAGAUAUCAAAAUAAUCCAAAUAUAGAUAAAGCUAAAGUAAUGCUAGUUACCAACAAGGAAACAACUAAUUUAUGUUGUUUGUCUUUAACGAAUUAGCUGCUAAUUGCUGAACCAAGAAGUUCUGCUGAUACAUAUUAGCAAUGGAUGAAUUCGCUAAUAAAGCUGUAAGUGGCUUUUAUUCUGGAGAUACAGCUUUAGGAAAACUCUACUCACUCAAGGGAUUCUCAACUAAAGAAAAUGACAUGCAAGAACUUGAGAUAUCUCUUCAAGCUUUGACAGAAAUAGAUCAUCGGUUAGCCUAUUCUUCCGAAAAGCUGGCGAACUUGCAUGUUCUGUAUAUUUAUCUGAUGGUCCUAGAAAAUGAUAUCGAAGAAAUGGAUUCAAAGAAUACCUGUGACUUAGCAAAAUUAUUUGAGAAGGCAAUCACCUUUGAUCUGUUGUCUGGCAUUUUAGAUUCGGAGGGAAGAGAGCUCGGCAAUUUCAUGGACACUCUACAUGAAGAAAUUGUUGACGCUCGUUGUAAAAUAUUGUCAUGCAGACAUUUGACUGAGGUUUUCUUUAUAAUGGAUGAAAAAUUGCACGAUUCUAAAGAGUCCGCGAAGCAGUUUCAACAGCAGUUAUUGGAGUUGAAGGUACAGUCAUCUCAGCUACAGAAAACCCUUGCGGCUUUUCAACACGAGAAUUGGGAAAUGGGGAAGGCCUCGAGUUUCUCCGAAAAUGGUGUACUAUUAGAAAUGAAAGUGAAAUCUAAUGAUCAGAUGGUUGAAAACCAAAAAUAUAUUCUGCGAAUGCUCGAGAAGUCACUUGCAAGAGAGCUAGAUCUAGAAAAGAAGUUAGCAGAAUUGAGAAAUAACGAAGAACUAAAGAUGAAACUCCGCUACACAGAACAGGUGGCAUUUUAUAUGGAAGAAGCAGCAGAAGUAGUUUGGGGAAGAUUUCUCGAGGCAGACAAUGCUACCGAAGUCUUAAUGGGGAUUUCUAAAGGUGUAAUCGGACGUCUCCAAGUAACUGAGUUCAACCUCAAUGGUUCUAUGCAACGAGAAAACGAGCUAAAGUCGAAAGUUCAAAAUUUAAUCGAACAACUCAAUGCUAAAGAUGUUGCUUUAGAGACGCACGAGAAAAGUAACGUUGACAAUGAUCAGGAAAAUUCUGAGGCGUUGUUGGCUUUGAGGGAAAAGGUGAAAUUUCUUGAAGAAGAACGGAAGGGUUUUGAGUUUCAGAUACAUUCUUUAACCGAAGAGAAUGAAGCGUGUCAUGAACAACUUAAUGAAAUCGAAAAUUUCGCCGAGUCUCUAAAAGAAAGCGUUGACAUAGCAGAAAAUCGAGCCGACAGCGCUGAAGCCAAGGUUACGCAGUUAACCGAAACCAACUUGGAACUUACUGAGGAGCUGAACUUUCUUAAAGGGAGUGCUAGCACAGCUGAGAAAAAAGUCGGUUCGCUCGAGAAGCAACUAAGGGAAUUAGACAUCCAACUACAGAAUGCAAAAGCAUCUUCUGAAGCAAGUCAAGAACAGCAGAAUAUGUUAUACACAGCAAUAUGGGAUAUGGAGAUAUUAAUUGAAGAGCUCAAAUCUAAGGUUUCGAAAGCUGAAAGUUAUAAAGAUAGCGCAGAAGAACGUUGCAUUGUGCUGUCUGAAACUAACGAAGAACUUCAUAAAGAGUUGGAUCUCCUGACAACAUCUUUGGAUCAAGCUAGCAAAACAAAACUAUCAAGUGCAAGAGAAAUUGAUUCUAUAGCCAAGUUUAUCAAGGAUAUGGUAAUGCAACUAGCCACCGAAAGGGAGCGCAUCAAUAAACAGCUAAGUGCACUAAAAAGGGAAAAUAAAAUUUUGAUAGAAAAGUUUAAGGAAACUAAAAUUGGUGCUCCAAUAGAUUCAUGCAACAAUGGACUAAAUAACAGAAAUGAAGAUCAAGCUUCCAACAUUGACUCAAGCAAUGAUAGCUGUACAAAAUCAUCUGACGAAGAAGGAAUAGAACACUUCAAUAAAACCUUUCAGGUGGGUGAACCAUUAGGAGUUGCAAACUCUGCAACUCAUGCAACAUCAUCAUCUGUUUCGGAAAAUAAGCCGGCAAAUCGGAGAAACUUUAUAUUUAUUUCUUUCACAAUUUUUAUCCCCCUGGUUUCUAUGAUAGUCUUCUACUUAUUGGGCGAAAAGUCGUUUUCUUUUCUUAAAGGUUUCGACGGCUAAGUUAUGACCUAGCAAAAUUUGUUGUUGUUGUUUUGUGCAGUUGUGUUUCUUUGAAGUCCUUUAGGUUCUUUAUUGUAUAUUGAUGUAUUUAUUCGAUGUUAGUGUGGGUGUAAGCUAAUAUUACAAUUAAUUUGUAGAUUAUUCAUUACUCUAUCACAAGUGCUUAACAGACAGGAGUGGUUGAGAUUUAUGCUUGAAAUUAGCAUUAAUCAUAAUUGACAUGUUUGGAUUGGCGGUCAAUUUGGUAGAA